AGUUUCCACCUGAUUUGAGCCUGCAUCUCCGACAAGCGCACCGCAACGCAUCGGACCUGCCCGAACUUCACCUCAAUUGACUUUCUUAAUUCCUUGUUCGGACGCCUCGUCUCCUCAACCAACAGCAGCACCAACUUCCCGCACGUCCCGCGAGGCUGAAGAACGACCCGAACGACGUCUUUUGGAAGACCACAGACCGUACCUCGUCCUCCACUUAUCGCGCAACGCUCUGCUUCCUUUCGUCGAGAAGCUCCCUACCGAGUCUGAAGCUCCCGCGCUCCAUCUGCAUCCAUUUUGAAGCUUCUGCAACCUCCCAAAAUGCCGCCUCAUCCCCUCGAGCUCCCAUCCACCCUUUCGCCCGACGCCCUCGACACCCUCACCGAGCUGACGGGCAUCCUCACCCGCCUGCGCGCCGCCAUCCAGACCUCGGGCUCCGUCGGCGGCAUUACCGGCGCCACCCCGGCCGGCACCGGCGCCGGCGCGACACCCAACCCACUCGGCGGCGCCAGCCCUAACGCCCCUCUGUCUCUCAAGGACGUGCCGGCCCAGACCGAUGCGUUGAAGCACAAGCUCCAGCGCGCCCGCACACAGAUGCGCCAGCUGCCGGAUAUGGACCGCUCCAUCAGCGAGCAAGAAGAGGAGAUCAGCCAGCUUGAGGAGCGCAUCAGGAUGCAGCGUGAGGUAUUGGACCGGCUGAGAGAGCUGGGCGUCCAAUUCGGGCACGAGGAGGGCGGCACGGGCGACAAGAUGGAGACGGAGUGAU